CUUCCUACUCCUUCAUUGCGGACCGUAGGCCAGCCAAAGUACAGUUGCCACCAAAACCCCCAAAUGAAGACCGGAGCAGCGCCGGGGGUUUCCAGCGCGCGACCCUCCGCAUGCCAAAUUUAACCCGCCGCCGCUCUUCCCAGCAAAUCAAACGCGUAUGCUCCUCUCCUCUCUCUCUUUCACGCGGCCCCUCGGCCUCCUCCCCCCCACCCCCCGCGUCUCCGCCUCCACCUAAUCAAUCCCCCACGCCCCCAAUCCUAGGCCGAGACCUUUAAGCAAGGCAUCAUCACCACUCUAGUAUCGCGACGAGGGGGCAGGGCGGUGCGAAAAGCAACAAACGCCCAAACCCCGCAGCGGCAGACGAGAGGAGAGGUGAGGACAGCGCGCGGGGGGAAGCCGCCAUGGCGGUCGGCGUGCCCGGCACGAAGCUGCACCUCUCGUCGGUCGCCCGGCGGCCCACGCUGCACCAGCUCGCGGCCGUCGCCGUGCUCUGCUCGGUCUCCUACCUCAUCGGCGUCUGGCACCACGGCGGCUUCUCCGCAUCCCCCCCGGGAGGCACUACUUCCCCCGUAUCCGUCGCCAUCACCACCCCCUCCGUCCCCUGCGUCUCUCCAAACGUCACCGUCCUCGGCGGCGGCGGCGGCGGCGGUCGAUUGGCUCCGCCGCUCGACUUCCGCGCGCACCACACGGCGGAGGGGACGGAGGUGGAGUCCGCGCCGGCCAAGCGCACGUACGAGGCGUGCCCGGCCCAGUACUCCGAGUACACGCCGUGCGAGGACGUGGAGCGGUCGCUCCGGUUCCCGCGGGACCGGCUGAUGUACCGGGAGCGGCACUGCCCUUCCGAGGGGGAGCGGCUGCGGUGCCUCGUGCCGGCGCCGCAGGGCUACCGCAACCCGUUCCCGUGGCCGACGAGCCGCGACGUCGCGUGGUUCGCCAACGUGCCCCACAAGGAGCUCACCGUGGAGAAGGCGGUGCAGAACUGGAUCCGCGUCGACGGCGACAAGUUCCGCUUCCCUGGCGGCGGCACCAUGUUCCCCCACGGCGCCGGCGCCUACAUCGACGACAUCGGCAAGCUCAUCCCUCUGCACGACGGAUCCAUCCGCACCGCCCUCGACACCGGCUGCGGGGUGGCAAGCUGGGGAGCCUAUUUGUUGUCGCGCGACAUCUUGGUCAUGUCCUUCGCCCCACGGGACUCUCACGAGGCACAGGUGCAGUUUGCGCUAGAGCGUGGUGUGCCGGCGAUGAUCGGUGUGCUCUCCUCCAACCGGCUUACCUAUCCUGCCCGUGCCUUUGAUAUGGCGCACUGUUCCCGGUGCCUAAUCCCCUGGCAGCUCUACGAUGGUCUGUACUUGAUAGAGGUCGAUCGCAUUCUUCGUCCCGGAGGCUACUGGAUCUUGUCAGGACCACCAAUCAACUGGAAGAAGCACUGGAAGGGCUGGCAGAGGACCACGGAGGACCUGAAUGCAGAACAGCAAGCCAUUGAAGCCGUUGCCAAGAGCCUCUGCUGGAAGAAGAUCAAGGAGGUUGGCGACAUUGCAAUCUGGCAAAAACCUACUAAUCAUAUCCACUGCAAGGCCUCCCGCAGAAUCACCAAGUCCCCGCCAUUCUGCUCAAAUAAAAAUCCAGAUGCUGCCUGGUACGACAAAAUGGAGGCUUGUAUAACUCCACUCCCAGAGGUUAGUGACAUAAAGAAGGUUGCAGGUGGUGAGUUAAAGAAGUGGCCGCAAAGACUCACCGCCGUGCCGCCCAGAAUUGCCAGUGGUAGCAUUGCUGGGGUCACUGAUGAAAUGUUUUUGGAAGAUACCAAGCUAUGGAGGAAGAGAGUUGGACACUACAAGUCCGUGAUAAGUCAAUUUGGGCAGAAGGGCCGGUACCGCAACUUGCUCGAUAUGAAUGCUCAUUUUGGUGGCUUUGCUGCGGCAUUGGUGGGUGACCCUAUGUGGGUAAUGAAUAUGGUCCCAACUGUUGGAAAUUCAACAACUCUUGGUGUCAUAUAUGAGCGUGGGCUCAUCGGAAACUACCAAGACUGGUGUGAGGGCAUGUCCACUUAUCCGCGGACCUACGACCUCAUUCACGCCGAUUCAGUUUUCAGUCUGUACAAGGACAGAUGCGAGAUGGACAGCAUUUUGCUGGAAAUGGAUAGAAUCCUUCGGCCAGAGGGCACAGUGAUAAUCAGAGAUGAUGUUGACAUACUAGUUAAGAUAAAGAGCAUCACGGACGGGAUGAGAUGGAACAGCCAGGUCGUGGAUCACGAAGAUGGUCCGCUCGUCCGCGAGAAGCUCCUCCUUGUUGUGAAGACAUACUGGACACUUGGGGACGAAAAAAAACAAUAGCAGCAACGUGAAAUAAAACAUUAAAUUGAUAAAUCUCAUUCUUGGGAUGGUCUGUCUUGUUGGCUUACUGCUUGCCGGUACAACUGUUUUGCCUGUAGAUUUUUUGGAGGGUAUUCUUUUGGAGGAGCGGUUAACAUAAUGGGGGAUAUUGGCCCUAUAUGUUGGUAUAAAAGAUGGAGCAUGUGAGAGGAGCAACAUGCAAAGAUUUUGAAAUGAAAGGACUGCCAAAAGUGUCCGAAGUGGGUAAAUAGAGAUUGCAGUUGUGUUGUCAUCGUUGCCCUGAAGCGGAUGUAUAUGGGCUCUUUGUAAAAGGAGUUAAUUAUAACUUAUAAGUUCCCAGUGGCCAUGACUGUUUUGUUGUCGGUGAA